GGUCCUGCGGCGCUGAGCGGGAGAGCGGUGCUGAUGGUGUGUGUGGAGCGGAGCGGCGCUGCAGAGCCGAGGCGGUGAGCUUUAGCUCAGUUUCUGGAGGCACAGCUAACAGCUACAGCCCUGCUGCUUUAUUCAUAUGCAGUUUUCUCCCGUUCAAGAUGAAACCCCAGUCCAGCCACGACUUUAACCCUGGAGAUAUCGUGUUCGCUAAGAUGAAGGGUUAUCCCUUCUGGCCUGCCAGGAUUGCGGAUGGAAAGGCCCCCAAAAACAAGAUCCCGAUCUUCUUUUAUGGAACGCACACAACAACCUCUUUGGUCCCCAAAGAAAUUGCCCACUACUGGCCCAACAAGGAGAGAUAUGGCAAAUCCACCACACGAGGAGGCUUUGACAAGGCCAUGUGGGAGAUUGAAAAUGACCCAGGGAUCGGCCUCAGAGGUCAAAAGAAAGCAGCUCUGGUAAAGAAGGUACAUGAGAGCCGGCUGGCGUACAAAAAACAGAAAAGGACAGAAGCAGCCAAAACAAAGAACAGCGAAGUGUCACCUGCAAAAAUCUCCUCACCUGUGUGUGACCCAUCAUCUAAACCCACCACACCCAGUGCAAAAGGAGCAUCUUUGAAGAAUGCAUCAAGUCCAAAGACAAAAACAUCGGAGAUGCAAGUUAAGAAGAGAGCGACUUUAAGAGUCGCUAAGGAUACUGCAGCAAACAAGACGAUUAGAGCCUCCAAAAGAGUGACCAGUGUUUCAGCAGCUGGCUUGUCCAGAAAAGUCAGCCCUGUGAAAAAAGUCAUCCAGAAGAAAAAGGUCAUCCUAGUCAAAAAAGCCAUACUCACAAAGAAAGUCAGUGCGGCAAGAAGAGUGGGUGCAGUGAGGAAGAGCUCCGCCAGGAACAAAAUCCUUUCAAAAGCAAAGAAGGAUAAAAACACUGGGAAAUUAGCAAGAAACAAGACCAAGGGGAAUAACCUAAAGAUAAAACUGCCACUGCCAGUGAAGAAGCCUGCAAAAGUUCAGAAGUCCUCUGCUGCAGUCACCCCGGUCACUGAGGACCCACUAAAAAUACGCAGUCAGAAGAGAAAGCUGGAGGAAGCUUCGUCUGAUUUAAAAGAAAAAAAUCCAGUCUCAUCUGCUCCUUCAGGCCCAGCAGCCUCCAUUAAGAAACAAGAGAACGAGAAUGAAGGAUCAAAGAGGAGACGGGGAGAGAAGAAAGACAGGGAUGAGGAAGAGAAGAAGGAGGACCUUGCGGCUAAAUCACAAGACUGUGAUAAACCUACAGCUCCACAAACAGAAAAGAAUGAUGUUAGAAAGAGGAGAAGAGGAGAGAGAGAAGAAGGGGAUGAGAGUGAAAAGAAAGAGCAUGAAAGUAAACGACUGAGAAGCAGCCUGCCACGGAUUGAGGGUAACGAGAGGGAAGAGGUUGAGAAAAGGAGAAAAGCAGAAGAACAAAAGAAGAAAGAAGAGGUGAAGAAAAAGAAGGAAGAGAUAAAUAACUUGAAGGAGAUGGAGGAAAAGAGACAGACACGGAAAGGGGUGCAGGAGGCCAGUAAGGAAGAGGAACAGAUUAAGAAAACGAAAAAUGAAGAAGCGAAUCAGAAAAAGAAAGAACAGGUGGAUAAACUAAAGGAGAUGGAGGAAAAGAGAACAACAAGGAAAGGAGUGCAGGAAGCCAGGAAUGAUUUGGAACAGAGGACAAAAAGGAAGGAAGAUGAUGUGGCACAGAAAGGGAAAGAAGAGCAGGACAGCGUGAACAAAAAGAUGAAUCAUCAGAAAGAGGGAACUGUGCAGGAAAGGAAGGAGGUGAAUGAGUUGAAGGAGACUGAGAAAAAGAGACAAACAGUGCAAAAAGAGGAGGAAGUGGAGCAAAAGAAAAAGCAGGAAGAAGCAGUUAAGGAACAAAAUGAGGAGUUGGAUAAACUUAAAGAACUGAAGAGGAAAGAUGAGCAAAAUAAAAAGCGGGAAGAGUUAGAAGCAGAACGAAAAAAGACAGAAGAGCUGCACAGACUUAAAGAACUCAAGAGGAAAGAAGAGCAGGAGAAGGAGCAAAAGCAGGCAGAGGAAGCAGCAGAACAAAAAAUGAAAGAAGAGCGGGAAAGACUUGAGCUGAAGAGGAAAGAAGAGCAGGAGAGGGAGCAAAAGAAAAAGCUGGAAGAGGAAGCAGCGGAACAACAAAAGAGAGAGGAGCUGGAGAGACUUAAGGAACUCAAGAGGAAAGAAGAGCAGGAGAAGGAACAAAAGAGGGAAGAGGAGAAAGCCGCACAAAAAAAGAAAGAAGAGCUGGAGAGACUUAAGGAACUCCAGAGGAAAAAAGAGCAGGAGAAGGAGCGAAAGAAAAAGCAGGAAGAGGAAGAAGCAGCACAGAAAAAGAAAGAAGAGCUGGAUAGACUUAAGGAACUGAAGAGAAAAGAGGAGGAAGAGCAAAAGGAAAAGUGUGCGAAGGAAGAAGCUGCACAAAAAAAGAAAGAAGAGCUUGAUAAACAGAAGGAACAAAGGAGAAAAGAAGAGCAGGAGGCCCAGAACAAAGAGGAAAUGAUGCAGCAGAUAGAAGAAACUGGUGGAGAGAAGCACACGGAGGGCCAGAAGGAGGAGAGGAGUAAGGUCUUGGCCGAGAAGAGGCUGAGUGUGCUGAAGUCUCUGCAGGGAUUGGUCACCUCUACCAGAGGAAAGCGAGAAAUUCCAAAAAACGACAAACCUACUGAUGAAAGCACAGAUAUGACUGCAAAGGAACUCUCGGUGGAAAACAAGAUUGUGGAUAAAGACUGCAAACCAGUCACUCUUAAGGACUUGGAAAUCAAACAAGCAGUAAAGGAUGAUAGCAAAGUGUCUGUUAAAGCAAGAGAAGAGGGGAAGGCGGAGACGAGUCAGAAGACAUCGAGAGAGAGGAGUGGGGGGCGGCCACAGAGAGAGGAGAGCAGAAUAACAGAGUCCGGCAAGAAGAAGGGUGAAGAGGAGAGAAUGGACAUACGGAAGGCUUCUGCUCUGUCCGUCACAGACUCUCUGCUGUAUAGACUGCACGGGGAUAUCCGAAUCUCCAUGACUCUUGACAAUCCUGAUGUGAGUAAGUGUUUGUUGGCGCUGGAUGAGUUGAGCAAUGUCCCAGUCUCCUCUCGUCACAUACAGAACCACAGCGAGCUCAUUGACACACUGAGAAAGAUGCGCUGGUUCCGUGGCAGUGAGGACAUCAUGUUUAAGGCCUCUAUGCUUUAUUACCGCUUCAAAAACAUCUACCUCAUUGGCGACUCGGAUGAAACCCUCAGUCAGGAGUACAUCAACACACUGCAGGAGGACAAGGAGAGGGAGAGAGUGGAGCGAGAAAGAACGGAAGAAACUUCAUCCCAUGUCUCUCAUACUGCUAUAGUUGAUGGAUCCCAUGUAGAGACACAGCCCCUACAAGCUCAGAGCAGUAACCUCAUACGACACAGUGAGUGUGCAGCAGAAAGGAGCUGACCAACAAAGCUAACAUUUUAAAGUUUUGUAGGGUUUUUUUAUAUUAAUAGUCUUUCAUGGUCAAGCUGUGCAUCAGCUGUACAUCUACGGUGCUGCAAAACUGUUUAAAACACACAAAGGCUACCUUCAUUUCACUUCAGAGUGCCUUGGCAGGAAAAUAUCUGGAAGUAGAACUGAUCACAGCUGAGUCUGCCACUAAUAAAAGCAUUAAAGUGGGUAAUUCUACACAUUUGUACAAUUCCAAAAUUUCUGAUUUAUUGUGUAUUAUAGCAGAGCAUUAACCUCAUCGUUUAAAGUCAUGAGGAGUGUUUUAAAAAAUGUUUCAUUACUGCUAGGAACCAGUUGUCACAGCUCCUGUCACUUAAUAGGCAAUAAAUACAUAAAAAUAUAUUCCUUAGGUCAGAUAUCUGGUUUUACCACAUUUUGUAAUUUUCUGUGAGAUUCUUUAGAAUAGGGUGUUUCUCACCAAAUCCACUACUUUUUUUUCUCGCACCUUUAGGUGAUUAAGUAUGUAAAAAAAAUAUAUAUAUUUUCCCUUUUACUGCCACUACAGCCCAUUUACAAGUUUGCAAAGCUAAGAAUCGUACAAAUGCUGUGGAAAUGCCUUUAAGUUUUGGUACAGGCAUAUUACAACAGCACAAAAGCUAACUAUAUUGUCUUCACUCAGUAGUUUUACAUUUUAAAGCAUUAAGGUAUUUUUUUCUGCAUUUGGCAUUUCAGUCCAAUAUAUCAUAUUUGAUGAAUCUGUUGUAUUUAUUUAUGAAGGUUUUUACACUAUACAGGCAGUGUUGUUAACUGCACCACUCAUCACUGGUGAUUUAGCACUGUGCACUGAGCUUCAGUCCUGACUUUGGAAAUGAGAUAAUAGAGAUACAAAAAUAAGAUAUAUGAAACACUUGAUCAUCAUCUUUUGGUAUAAAAUCUCUUUACCACAGCAGUGUAACCCCAUGUAGUUUUCAGCAUUAGGUAUUUAUGAAUGCCACUUUUGCACACAUGCACACGUGUCUCCUUUCCUUCAUAAAUAUGUAAUGAGAUGUGAACGUGGGCGCUCACAAAGUGUUUCUGCAGGUAAACCACUGCUUAGGUAAAUUUGUAUUAGAUCUGGUUUAAGUAAGAAUCAAAUCUAGCAUAAAGCUGGUUUAGAUCUGAUUUAGUUUUCCUAAACCAAAUCUUGUUUAGAUCUGUAUUAAAUCUGCCUUAGAUCUGCUUAGGUCUUUUUGCUGGAUUGGAUUCAUAUUACAGCUGGAUUUCAUCUGAAAUUAUGCUGAUUUAUAUCUGGUUUCAAUCUGUAUUACACCUGUUGUCAAUCUGCACUGAAACAGGUUAAAAACUAGAUUCAAUUUUAAAACACUUUGUUACAGUGCAGUGUUAGUCUGUGGACGAGAGCUGCAUUAGACUGUGGAAAGUGGUGCUGACUCAGUUUGUGUAAACAGCCAAUGACUCUCUUUACCAGUUUGUGUCUCUUUAUUACAGUAAUUCAUGUUGACAGUAACAUGCUGAUGAUACAUGUAAUAAAUGUGUAAUUACAGUGGUGCAUGACAUGAUGUCAUCCCUGCUUGAUCUCAGUUACUGCUACUUCUGGAUGCAUGUGUUUAACUGAACUAUGAUCGGAUUAAGAAAAGCAUUACAUACUUAAACUACACUUUUAUUCUGCUGCCUGCUUUGUGUGUGUAAGGGUCUACCAGUAUUUAGACCUGGUUUUCAGUCCAGUUCACUUCAUACUGUUAUUCUAAAGUUGUAUUUUGGUUUAUCUCUUAUUUUAAUGGAUUUUAUCAUGUAAAUAGUUGUCUGUUGUGGACAGUUUGUGUGUAAAGCCAUGCUCUUACUACUUAUUGUGAUUAAAAGUGUGUUAUUUCUGUA